UCGCCGAAAAGGUAUACCUGACGACGCUCCCGAGUUUUUGGUUUCUGGCUCCCUCCCAGGUCGCUUUUCUUUGAUCACAUUCAGAGGCCAUCGAGUGGCUUUUUAAACACGUUCGAUACGCUCUGAAAUGUCGUACAGACGCACUGUAUCCAUCUGACACGCAUCUCUUGUCCCGUCCUGAGACCCGCGAAUCAAACCCCACAUAUAACGGCUCUCACGACUGGCAGGGCUAGAACCCACACAUCCCGUGCUCAGCGGCUGUAAGCACUAACCAGGGCGCCCCUCUCGAGAUCUCGGUCUUGCUCGCUCGGAUCUCGAAUGCCUCAAUUCUGCUGCGCUGUUGGUUUAUUCCAGAUGAAGCUUCAAAGACCCUCAACCUUGAACCCCAAUACGCGCUGUCAAUUCUCCUGCGAGCUUGCGGUCACGGGCUCUGCUCAUGUCUGAUCACUUUUCGAGAAAGGUAGCCAGCUCCACACAGGGCCUUCGCCAGUCGAGGUCUUGCAAAGUUUGUCGAGCUCGAAAAGUCAAGUGCGACCGAGUUAAACCAUGUCAUGCGUGCUGUACCCAUGGGUACCCGUCAAAAUGUGUUUACGAAGUUGUUCCAGGUGAAGACUUCAAGCCGAUCUCGCAAGCUGAAGAAAUCCGCAACCUGCGGAACGAAAUCAAGGAGCUAACUGCCCGAAUAAAUGGUGGUGAGCUUUGGAUUCCAAUUACAACAUUAGCUUACGCAUUGCCAGGGUCGAAUCGACCGCAGCGACGCCUCCACCAGUUACAGACACUCUUCGAGACCAUCCGAUCUGCCCCUGAGGAUGUAGUUGAACGCCUUAUCGCCGAGCUCAGAGGCCCUCCUCGAGAGACAAGUCGCCAGAACCCGCCUGUUGGACAAUGGGACGACACAGAAGGGUAUGAUGACGUUCAACAAUUAGACGGCGAAGGUGAAUAUGGAGAUGCAGUUGAGGGGGACGACCUCUCCAGUUUGGUUAUCCGACGUGAAUUUCGCCGAGACUCCUCCGAAUCAAGUGACGACUCUGCUUAUGGCUCUAUAAGUCGAAUGGAUACGUCAAAAUCUAUGCUAGAUGUCUUUAUUGAACGUUUCGUUGAUGCCUUCAGCCCAGAGGUCGAUGCCAAAGCUGGACAAGCGGGUGCAAUCCGGCGCGCGGCCGAAAUCCGCAUGUUUUCACCAAUUUUGACUGAUGCCUUUCAAGCCGUUAGUCAUGUCUUCUUCGGCCGCUCCGUCCAAAACAAAACCAUUGAAGCGACCGGAUUUUCCUACUAUCCUCGCGUCCUUAGGAGCUUGCAGGAGGCUUUAUUAGACCCAGAGCGGAGCAAAGCUGAAUCUACUCUGGCCACGGUAAUUCUGUUGAUGGCAUUUGAGGCAGUUGAGCGGACUUCUCAAGCAUCCAUUACCGCACAUGUCCAAGGCGCUGUGCGACUGAUUGAGCACCGAGGCCCGGAAAACCACAUGUAUGGGGUGGAACACCUUUUCUUUACCGAACUACGUCCAUACUGGGUUUCUGCAUCCUUUUCACGCCGCGCCCCUUCCUUCCUUGCUCGAGACGAGUGGAAAACAAUACCGUGGUCAGCUGGAACAACUGCGAAAAACAUCCUCCAUUAUCUCCUCGACCUAGCAGUGGAAGUACCAGGGCUGUUAUCCCAAUAUGAUGAAAUUACCACGGGAAUAAACUCGAAUAUACUGAGCGCACACGAACGAUCGGUCAAACAAGCAGCAUUGUGGAACGGACUCGCUGAUCUGACAAACCGUUUUCUCCUGUGGAAGAUCAACUGGGUAGACGGAUACCCAGAUGGACCGCCAAGCGAGGUAGAGGCCACAGACGAGGGCCUGUUCCCCGUUUUCCAGUGUCGUGACCUGCGCACCGGCGCCACUAUUACCCCUACAAAAUUCGAGUACCCAGAUCUCCUUCUCACGCAGACAAUGUGCAUAUACUAUGCCACCCGCCUGAUUCUGUCGUCCGUCGACACGCGGCCGGACGGAGUCAGUCGCCCCGAGCAAUACCAACUGGCAUGCGGUAUCUGCCGCAGUCUCGAGUGGUAUAUCCUAAAGUCACCCGGGAACAUGAUCAACCGCCUCGCCUUCCCGGUUCGUGUGGCAUGGGAAGCAUUCCCGGACGGCGGACCAGAACGCAAGUUUCUCUACGCGGUAUUGAAACUCGUGGAGAAGCGCCACUCCUUGGCCCUUUGGGGUGGUGGAAUGGAAGAAUUAUCAUCGCGGUACAACUCGCCUCCGCGGACGGAUGUAUAAAGUGGAUAUAGUUACAGUAAUGAUCUCACGAUUUGUGCGUGGACUGGUAAUGACACAUAUGGGAAGCUUAGAGGCGCGGGCGCAGUUCGUAUAUAGCUUCUGUCCUGGAGACGGCGUGAAGGGGAUUGUCAAGCGAUUUUCGGAUUGAUACCUAGAUAAUAUACAUAUUAUCCUCGUUUUAUCCUUCUUGCGAGUUCAGCUGACUACAUACGUAUAUACCUGGCAUGUCAUAUCCGUC